GCCUGCCUUCACUAUGCCCCAAAUGAUUCACACUCACAUAUUGCUGAGCAAGUGAUUCGAAGUUUGAAUGAGGCAACAGGUGAUGGAAGGUCUAUUUCUAUACCAAAUGUGCCUAUUUUUGAGGGAAUGAAUCAGGAACAAGUCUGCAGCCUAACUCAAGAUGAGUUUAAUGUCCUAGAAUCAAAGUGCCAGGAGGACAUUGCAAAGCAAUGUGCACAAGAUGUGAUGAGGCACUAUGAAGGUAAAAACUAA